GUUUGUGGCGUUGAAAUGACGGAUGUGUUCAUCUUGCGGCCACAUUUACUCUCUGGAAGGUCAGCCCCGGAAGACUGGUAACGCGAAGCGAUGGUCAUGCGCUAAACCAACAGCGGGAGUUUCCUGACUCACCGCAGGAAUGCCAGGUGGAGACUACGGGGAGCUCGGGGGCAGCCUCCCUGGCAUCGGCUCCCUGAACGCCUCCUUCUCUACGUCGCUGUCCCUCCCGUACCUGUUGGUACCACCCGCCGAGCGCAAGGCCAUCUCUGACGUCCGACGCACCUUCUGUCUCUUCGUGACCUUCGACCUGCUCUUCAUCUCCCUUCUGUGGAUUAUUGAGCUGAAUAUCUCCAGCUCAAUCUGGGACAGCUUGAAAAAUGAAGUCGUCCUUUAUAACUACAAGUCUUCCUUCUUUGACAUCUUUCUGCUCGCCUUGUUUCGUUUCCUGUGUCUACAAGUGGGUUACGCUGCAUUUCGGUUGAAGCAUUGGUGGGUUAUAGCGUUCACCACUCUAGUGACCAGCGUCUUCCUCGUUGUUAAGGUCAUCGUCUCUACCCUGCUUUCCCAGAAUGCCUUUGGCUAUGUGAUACCCAUCACUUCGUUUGUGGUGGCCUGGCUGGAGACGUGGUUCCUUGACUUCAAGGUGCUCACCCAGGAGGCCGAUGAUGAGAGAGCCUACCUGGCAGCGGUGAACGCAGCCUGUGAACGAGUCACGAUGAUCUACCCCCACGCUGCUUCAGACGGACAGUUUUACUCUCCGCCUGAAUCCAUCGCAGGCUCGGACGAAGAUCUGGACGAGGAGGGUCUUGGACGCAGAGCGGUCACUUCACAGGAGAAGGAGUAUGUGAGUCAGGGGCGGGAGGCCAUGUCGGUGGUGGAGCAGAUCCUGGCCCAGGAGGAGAACUGGAAGUUUGAAAAGAACAAUGACAUGGGCGACUCGGUCUACUCUCUGGAGAUCCCCUUCCAUGGAAAGACUUUCAUUCUGAAGGCCUUCAUGCAGUGUCCCGCCGAGCUCGUGUAUCAGGAGGUGAUUCUGCAACCAGAGAAGAUGGUCCAGUGGAACAGAACGAUCGCUGCCUGCCAGAUCCUCCAGAGGGUUGACGACAACACGCUGGUGUCAUAUGACGUGUCGUCUGGAGCAGCAGGAGGAGUUGUGUCUGCGAGGGACUUUGUUAACGUUCGACGAGUGGAGCGCAAACAAGACUGCUACCUGUCGGCUGGCAUGGCAACCAACCACGACGCCAAACCUCCAGUGGGCCGCUACGUCAGGGGAGAGAACGGUCCAGGAGGAUUUGCGGUCCUCAAAUCCAGCAGUAACCCGUCCGUCUGCACCUUCAUCUGGGUGCUGAACACGGACCUAAAGGGCCGACUGCCUCGCUACCUCAUCCAUCAGAGUCUGGCCGCCACCAUGUUUGAGUUUGUGUCCCACUUGCGGCAGCGUGUCACCGAGCUGCGGCCCUCCCUCCGUUCCCACCAGCACACCUAGUACAGGGGGGGGGGCGUCCAACCGCGCGGGUGGAGAGGCGCCGCUCCUGUUUUCUCGAAGUGGACCCUAGAACCGGGCGUAGCAGGAUCGAAGGCUGAAGGGAGGUGCCACCGUGACGUCUAAUCACAGGAGACGGCAGACAUUUCAGUCACAGCAGAAGAAGAGUUCUUUUUUUAGUCGUCACCGCGUCCAUAUGUUUGCGUGGACCUGUCAUUGUUUAGCCGUGCAGUGAGAACUGUGUUCCCCGAACCUGCGGAGUCAUCUUGAGGCCGGGGGAAGACUUUGGUGAGGAAGUCGAAGCCUCUCCCUGUUUGGGUCUCGUGAAGCAUCUCUGGGCCUCAUCUCACCGCGCACUUUGUUAGACGUUGAUUUGCUGCCUUUUGUUUAUUGUUGAGAUUUUGUUUUGCGUCUGUUUUUACUUCAUCAUCUUAUUCGGUUUUCUCCGGUGCGCCAGCCCUAAACAGAUCCGCACCUCACGGCCAUAUUUACGACUAACAUUUACAUUUGACUUUGUAAAGUUAUUUCCACACUUUGUACUCCUUUUUACUCUUUUUUUUACUCCUCUGUGAUUGGCGGGGUGAGAAGUCACCUGCAGUCUAAUCGGGACUCCACCGACACGCACGAAAACGCCUUUUAGGUCGACGUCCGAUGCUCGGGUGCAAACAAAUCCAUCAGUUAACUUCUACUGAGGGCUUUAAAUACUGCUUUUUGUUUUGCACUCUGGGAUCGGCCAGGAAAGUAAACCAGGACGCAGAUCAGGCAGCUGUUAAUUAAUCUGUGUGGAAUGAUCAAACUCAUGAAGACGACUGAAAAUGAUGCUGAUGGUGUUCAUUAUUUAGGUCGCCGUGUACUUUGGUAUCUUUGGUGCUGAUGACCUUCCGUGGCCUUACGGUGAAAUCGAUGACUCAUCAUUUGUCAUCAAAAGUUGUUCAUGUGCUGAUUUGAUUGACAUUGGCUUUUUUCUGGCCUCCCGUCAGGCCCUGGGAUUUUGACCCUGAAUUAGUUUGUUUCUAUUUGUUACAUCAUGCAGCAUGAUGUUGUGUUUAGACUUUUAGAAAUGACACUUCUAUCGUAAGUUUUAGCUCAGUUUCAAAAUCUGUACCUCCAGAAACUCCAGGUGUACCAUUACAUCUGCCGAGGAGCUCGUGUUUCAUGUUGUUUGUCAGCAGGAUUACAGAAAGUCCACAAGCCUGAUGUUCACGAUACUCGGUGGAAGGGAAACAAGUCGAGGAUGAAUCCAUCACAUCUUGGAGCGCAUGCAGAUCAAAGGGCAGAUCCACUUUAUUUCUCACAUUCGACGUUGCAGCAGGUAGAGCACGCCAUGGCGGAGGUGUGCACGCUCGGUGCUGUUCCUGUUGCAAAGGUAUUAAACUGGCAGACGACUGAGGUCCAGUUACUACGAGUUGAACCAAAGAGCGUGACUUGUUCUUUUCAACCUUGCGAAACGAGACACAAAACAACUUGAGCUGGAUGUGUGUAGUCGUGAGGCUCUGACUCUGUGGUCAUUCGUCACAUCGUCAGAACUUUGAGGCGUUUUACUUUGUACGCCCGGGUGUUUCUGAGUGCUGUGAUCAGUCUGGUUAUUAUUCUCAUGAAGUCCAAAACAAGUGGCUAUUGAGAUUUAACUGGAUAACUUGAGGAUUGAUUUUAAGCUACAUAUUGUAGUGAGAUCAUUUCAAAUGUAAUAAAUUAAUGCCAUCAACAAUUUGGUGCCUUUAUCAGAGUAAUGUUACAUGUCAGCCUUUUCUUUUUCUUUGCAUUUGUUAUACUGUUAAAUCAAUGCUGAAUACCGUCACAUUAUACUGUACGUAUAUGAAGCCUGCUAUUUUUUUUUAUAAUACCUUAAAUGUAUCUAGGGAUCAUUCUUCACACAUGUUAAUUUAAAUCCAUCACAGGAAUACUGACCAACAGUUUUUAAGUCUUAACAAGUGUCUUAUGUCUAAUAAAAUAUAUGAACUCA